AUGGAUGCUUGUCAAGUUGCAUUUACUGCAGCAGUGUAUCUGCGAAUUAAACAUCAAUAUGCAGUCGAUGUGGUUUUUGUCUGUGGUAAGACUCGCACAGCGCCUAAGAAACUCUUAUCCAUGCCAAGGUUGGAACUGCAGGCUGCAGUCUUGGCUACUCGAUUAUCAAAGCUGGUGGUGGACAGACAUGACAUAAACAUAAGCCGUAUAAUAUUUUGGACUGAUUCCAAAACCGUUCUUUGUUGGGUGAAUUCAAGAAAUCGCCGAUUCAAAUCAUUUGUUGGGCAUCGUAUAGCUGAAAUAUUGACCUCAACGAAAGAAGACCAAUGGAGAUGGAUGUCAACUAAGAUGAACCCUUCUGACGCUGCAACAAGAGCCAAAGAGGUGCCUAAAAUAAACAAUGGCAACACUUGGUUAAAAGGGCCAACCUUUUUACGUCAAGAACAAAAUAGCUGGCCAAAUGCCACAUUUUCGUUUUAUACUGACACGCUAGAAGAAGAGAUUACGACACCGAUAUUACUACAAUAUCAGGCCAGUGAAACAUUGAUAGAAUUUAACCGUUUCAGUUCUUUUUUUAGACUUAAACGUUCUGUUGCCUGGUCCCUAAGAGCUGUUCAAAUAUUCCGUAGAAAACGAAAUCCACUAUUAAUAGAAGAGUGUAAUAAUUUGCAGUCGUUGCCACCGUUAUUACCAAGUGAAAUCAAUGAAGCCGAAAUAUUUAUAAUGCAACUGGUACAGGAGGAUUGUUUUUCGGAGGAAAAGAGUUUACUUAAGCUUCAACAACCUCUUAACAAAAAAUGCAAACUAUACAAAUUAACGCCAUACGUAGACAACGAAGAAAUUAUUCGUGCCAGUGGUCGCCUGGACGAAGCCAUAUAUCUGCCUCUUGAAGCUCGACGCCCUAUUAUAUUGCCGAAACGCCAUGUCGUCUCCGAACUAAUAGUGAAACACUAUCAUGUUGCCUACAAACAUCAAAAUCAAGCUACCAUUAUCAACGCUGUACGCCAAAAGUUCUGGAUAAUUGGUGGCAAGCCACUUUUGAAAUCAGUCCAACGCAAUUGUAUGGAAUGCCGCCUUGAAGCCGCCAAGCCAGCGCCACCGUUAAUGGGUCAGCUCUCAGUCGACCGUAUAACGCCGUAUGUACGACCGUUCUCAUACACAGGUGUUGACCUGUUUGGACCAUUACAUGUUACUAUUGGUCGUCGCCGUGAGAAGCACUGCGCUGUCAUAUUCACAUGCUUAACAGUACGUGCUGUGCAUAUAGACAUCGUCGAUAGCUUAUCAACUGAUGCGUUCCUAGUAUGUUUCCGCAGUUUUAUUAACCGUCGUGGUACGCCAGUCAGAAUGCGUAGUGACAAUGGCACCAAUUUUAUUGGGGCACAAAGAGAAUAA